AUGACAAGCUACCUGUAUCCAGCCCGCUUCCUGUGUCUGCAGUGCCGGUCUUCCUUGCGUCCUUUCGUCGUCCCGUUCGCCGUCCCGUCUCACGCGUCAACAGCUCCUCGUUCCGGUUGGAGGCUACAAUGGAACAGUCAAUACUCCGUUGGCGUCAAGCGCCCGGUUAAGGGCCGCGUCUUUAAUUCUGGUGUUUUGAAAGCAAUUGAUCGUCUCAGACCUCCAAAAUGGCACGUUCCGCAGUCACAAGGGAAAAGGUUGAUGCGCUUCAAAAAGUUGCUCUACGAAUACCUUUCCCUGAUCUCGCGGGAUGCAGCGAUGCAUCCGGCACGUUCGACCGAUGAAUGGCCCUCUUUAAUGACUAGAUAUUCAUUUACAAGGACUGUCGAAUUGGCCCACCAUCUCCAUACUGCGCGAACGGAACUGAAACGUGACCUUUUAGCGCAUCUUGGGUUCAAAGCGAAGAAGUGGUCGACCGUGUACGAGGCACUCAGCAGAUUAGCGGAUGCGGCGGAGGCAGUUAAGGGGGCUUCUCAACAUGGAUAUGGAGUUAUAGAAGACCGGGCCUCAAGUUCGGGACUUUCGCUUGACCAGCUGACUGAUAACGAUAUUUCACCACACCCACAGACGUCGCAAGGCCCGAAGAUCAUUGGACUUGACCGUUUGGAUGCGAUUACAUACCGCUCACUCGACCAGGAUUACUAUAUGCUGCUUAUGGGCCAACUUUGGGCAAGUUUAGGCUCAAUAAGCCUUCAUGCUGCGGACGGCCCCCCGGCCGAAUCUAAGUUGGCUAUGUCCAUUGUGUACCGCAUCCUUGCACGGCUUCACCAUUCUGGCCUUGUCUCUGAACGCGUCUACAAGUACGCUACUCCUGAUAUCCAUCAGGCUACAUUUCGUCCGCCAGGGAUUUAUCUACUUUCUUCGCAUAUUAUGGAUGUCCUCUCGGAUGCGGCCUGGCUAGUGCAUGAAGCUGAGGUUGCGGCGGAAGCUGCGGCCGCCGGAAAAGAGGCGCCAUUUCUCCCAGCAAAGAUCGGUAUCAAGGAACUCGGGCACGAGAUCUGGUUGGAGUUCAUACUCUGGUGCUGCGUUGAGCAUGGCCACAUCAACGAAGGAGUUUGGCUAACUAACCAAUCGAUCCGAAAAGGCUGGAACUUUCAGAGCUGGACACCUCUUCUCCGCAACGAAAAAUCUCUACGAAACACCAGGAUAGACCGAAAUAUCACAACGUGGCCUUCACCCGAUCCAGCAGUCAUGAAACCCGAACCGCCCAACCGGGCUGGGGCCCCUUCGCCUUUUCACGGAUUAGGUAGACGGACCAUCAGUGCCGAAGUUGUUGCAGCAUUGUUGGACAAUCUACCCAACCUAGCUCAUAUGGGACUGGGUAACGGAGGCACUCCUGCAAAUGAACUCCUCCGCAACAUCAGUAAUCUCAAAUUUGCCAUUGUGCCCCGUACGACGUCGAAUUCCAAGUUUCUACCGACAACUAAACGAGUUAACUGGCUUAUUACCCGUAUAAUAAAUUCUGGCGGGCUGGCCCCGGAGGCUGAUCCCCAGCUGUUUGAUGGUUUUCUCAAACUAACUCCUCACGUUGUCCCUCCAUGGAAUAACGAUAUGUGCCCUGUGGAGGAAAACGUACUUGCGAAACUUCAUCCAUCACAACUUUACGACGAAACAACAGCCUUCACCGGUUUAAUGGCAUAUAAUCUAAGCUAUCACUCUUCACAAGGGUUUUGUGGAAAUGCCCUGCGCUUGUUUACGAUGUUGCAGAAUGUGAUGGACACAUGCAAAAUGCGACGUGUUGGUGAAUUCUUCUCGUCACAGGUGGAAAACGCUAGUGCAGCCCUACCUUUCCAAGAACUCGACAGCUUUACAUUCCCCGGAUCCCUCAGCUCGUCAAAUCCACAACUCUCUCUCGUCAUACUUGCUCACCUAUUCGAUUUAAUCACCACAUCGCGGGCGUUUGCAUUCGGCGAAUGGUUACUAUUGUCAAAUGAUGUUGACGGGCCUACGGUGCCCAUAAGCGCAUACGGGGAUCAGGCUCUAGCACCUUCACUCUUACGAUUUGCAGCCGCCACCAAGAACAAUCCUAUUGGUGAAGCAGUCAUACGAGAACUCGUUGAGCCUGUCUCUGUCAACACACUUCGCGCACUUCUGAAUUAUCGCAUCGCAAUGCAUCAUUGGGACGAUGCCAUCCCGUUACUAAAGUACAUGCGCGACCAUCGACUCAAAUCCUGGUCACAUAACAACAUCGCCUCCAUAGUUGCAGAGAUUAUUCGCCUUGAUCAUUCCUUGUCUCUGUAUCGACAAUCUAAUCCUACACAUACCACCGCCGGUGGCCUCGAAACGGACCUUGCGGAAGCAAAGAAAAUCCUCUACCGCAUCUUAUUCGGCGAAUUCGACGAAAUUCCUUGGCGCACACGAAGCGACUCUCGUUUUCAAGCCAAUACCCUUAUUAGCUUCACGCGCAUCUUCCACCACUUGUCCUCUCCAUCUCUACACGAAAUCCUUGACACUGUUGUCGAACCUGAGCACGCCCCUAUGUACCGCCUUCCCUACAUCCCUUCUACAGCAUUUAACGUCAUCCUCUCCGCAGUCGCCGAAACUAAGGGAUCUCUAGUUGCCCGCAACAUCUACGAGCGCUUCUGUGUGAGCUACACCUCACCGGAAGUCAAUCGCACGGUACGAGGCGGCAUUACUCGAUUCUACACAAAGGCUACGCGAGACUUCCAAAGAGGCGACCCAAACUUCGACGCCAAGUAUGCCCGGCAUCUCCAGGAGAGAUUGGUGUUUCCGAACCCGAAUACAGUGAGAAUUCUUGCCCAGGCGGCUAUUCGGGAGUACGACGCUGCUGUAUCUGAGAUUAAAUCAAAGUCAACCCCAGAGGCCACAACAGCUCACCAAUUUAAUGAUCAUUCUGAUCAUCUCCCACCCAUCCCCAUCCGAAAAGAAAAUCAUUCCAUUUCAAUGCAAUCACCAUCCCUGGCCCCAGAGCCAAACGUUCUCCCCGGGGAACAAAAAAUGUACGCAGAACGAACCCUCAUCUUCUGCGCAAAACGCUUCAAAGCUCUCAAUAUGAACGGCGCUGAAAUAGCCCAUGAGGUCGGCCAAAAGAUCUACACGCGCUACCGAAAUUUUAAGAAGGAGAGACGGGAGCGGCGUCGAAAACUAAGGGUCGAGUCGAGGGGGAACGUCUCGUUGAAGACGGCGGUAGCGACACGGGUCUCGAACUGGGUACCUAGAACGAAGAGCGAGAUAGCAAAGAUGCGGAUUGCCGGAGUGGAGAGGAGAGUUAAGAGGGAGAAGAUGAAGGGGCCGCGGGAUCCUAGGACAAGAAAGGAGCUGAAGAGAUACCAGCAAGCAGAGAGAGGGAGAAGAGUAUGGCGUGCCAGGGAAAGACAGAGGAGAAGGAAAGAAGUGGAAAUGAAGAGAGGUGGGCAGCCUUUAACGAAAGCGGAGAUGAGAAGGUUCCGGCGAGCUAAAGGGAGAGAGAGGAAAGAGAAGAGAGAAGAGGAGGAGAGAGAGAAAGAGACGGCAAAACAAGUUGCCCGUCGAGCACUGGCGCGGCCGAUCGUUCUUGCUCAGCGUCAUCAUUGA